AAGCCUCGCUGGCAUCGGUUGUGUUUUUGCCUUGUGCAAAUUUUAAAGUUAGACAAGAGAAUUAAUCAUGAUAUCUGGCUGGGCUUUGGCUGCAGCUCUGAUGCUCUGUGUGGGCCUGGUUGCCGGUAAAGACAAUCUGCGAGUGGCCUACGAAUGGCGGGAAAUGGACUUUAAGUACGACAGCUCCGACCAGAGAUGGUCGGCCAUUGAAAGCGGCGCCUUUAAGCCGGCGAAUGUUAUACCAUUUGGCCUGGAGAUCCAUCGCCAUCGUUUGUUCGUAACGCUGCCCAGAUGGCGCAACGGUGUGCCAGCCUCAUUGGCCUACCUUGAUCUUAAUGAUAACUCAACGAAGAUGCCCGUUCUGUCACCUUUUCCUAGUUGGGUGGCACAUAGUCUGAGUGAGGCGGAUCCCGAGCUGGUUUCACCUUUCCGAGUGCGAGCUGAUCGUUGUGGACGUCUUUGGGUGCUGGAUUCGAGGAUAUCGGGAGUGCUGGAGCAGACCAAGCUUUAUGGACCGGCACAGUUGCUUGUCUAUGAUCUGCACAAUGAUGAUCUGCUGCGUCGUUAUGUGCUGCCAGCGGGACAGACCAAGCAGAGCUCCUUCUUUGCCAAUUUGGCUGUGGAGGACAGCGAUUGUGAAAACACUUAUGCUUAUAUGGCAGACUUGGGUAGUCCUGGUCUGGUUGUGUAUUCGUGGCGAGAUCAGGAAUCGUGGCGCGUGCAGCAUCAUUUCUUCCAUCCGGAUCCGUUAGCCGGCAACUUCAGCAUUGCAGGAAUUGAGUUCCAGUGGGAUGAUGGAUUAUACGGACUGGCCCUGUCCAAGCCACAGUUAGAUGGCUUCUCUACACUCUACUUCCAUCCGUUGAGCUCCACAAUGGAGUUUUCUGUCAACACCUCCGUGCUGCGCAAUAAGACUCUGGCCACCUCAGGUGCCAUUUACCGUGAAUUUAACAUUCUGGGAUCACGUGGUCCGAAUGAUCAGGCGGGAGCCCAAUGCCUGGAUCCGGAGUCAGGAGUUAUAUUCUAUGCACUGCCCAAUCAAAAUGCCGUGGGAUGCUGGAAAACCUCGAGUAGCUACAAAUCACACGAUCGAGUCUAUAUAAGCGACACCAAUAUGAUUUUCCCCAGCGAUGUUAAGGUGGAUGAUCAGCGCCGUCUUUGGGUAAUUUCCAAUCAGCUGCAAGCCUUUAUCUACGAUGAACUCUAUCCGGGUAGCAUCAAUUUCCGCAUACUAACGGCCAGUGUAGAGGAUGCCAUCGAUCAUACAUCCUGCGACGUGCCCAAAAAGCUGCCAGAAAUCAUCAGUAAAUUUGGCGAAGUCAUUAAGACGAACAUCCAAGGAAAGAAGACGUCUGAGGGCCGAUCUGGUUCAACUUCCUUGAGUUUCAGCUUGCUGCUCGGAAGCUGCAUUCUGUUGUGCUCCUGGCUGCUGUAAGGAUAAUCUUCUGUACAUACAACACCAUCCCAAUGUGCUGUUUCAUAGAUAGUUGUAGUUUCAUAGCUCGUAAUGUUGAAUAAAUAUAAGAAUUUUAUUAAGAUACAA